UGGAAGCGAGCGCUUCUAUCGGGUGCAUAAAAAGAAGAGCACCGAGGCUGCGUCUGGUAGUGGGCAGUCGUCGCCAGACACCAAGUUAUACAAAAACUACGACAGCCUACUAUUCUUGCUGGAUGUAGAUUCAUCGAACACGAGCACAAUUGGAAAUUUCUUAACGGAGGAAGAAAUUCCUUUCGAUGACGAAGCAUCGAGGUCAUUUAUGAACUUAAGCGGCAUCAACUCCUCAACGCCAGCUAUUGCAGUGCCUCGGAAAAGUAAGAGCAAUGCUGUAGAAUGUGAGCUGCUUACCGCCAUGAAAAGUGUUAGAGCAUCCGUUGAGCGCAAGUCUGCUUUUUCGAAUAUUUUUGGACAGCAUCGCCCUUACCGUUGA